AUGAUAAUUCUAGUCCCGAAGAGGAAGAAAAAUGGUGGUGGCAGCACAUUUUCUGGGUCUACUAAAGAGGAGGUUAGCAAUGAUCAAGCCGUCAAUUUGAGCUUGGAAGGGGAUGAUCAGAUCCCACAAUUAAGAACUUCCAUUAAUGAAUUGGAACCAUUUGUUGGCAUGGGAUUCAAGAUUGAGGAUGAUGCAUAUAACCACUAUAACAACUAUACAAGGCAGAUGGGUUUUUCAAUAAGAAAAUUUAGUGUGGAGCACUCAAGAGUUGAUAAUCAUGUCCUUGCUAGGUCAUUUGUUUGUGCAAACCAAGGUGAAAAAUGGUGUAGCGAUAAGCAGCAGAGGGGAUUGAAUUAUACACCUUAUGCAAAAAAGAAAACCAAAUGUGAAGCCGUAAUGAGGAUCAAGUCCAGGAAUGGAAAAUGGGUGGUGGAUCUUAGUGAAACAGAGCACAACCAUCCAACAGUGAAUCCGAAUGAUGCAUUUAGACUUCAAUCACACCAAAAAGUUACUAGAAGUACAAUGCAACUAAUGGAACACCUGCAGAGGUGUGGCGUCAAAUAA